AUGUUUACACUCAGAUUGUAUGCUGAAAAUUCAGAUUAUACAAAUCCAAUUGAUGCUUAUGGUUUAGAUCUUACAGGAUCAUUUGUUGGUGUGGUAAAAGAAACUUUUGAAGAAAUUUUGGAAUUGUAUGAAAAACAUGCUGCUAUACUGGGGUUUUCAAUAAGAAAACAUACAACUAGAUUCAAACAACACACAAAAAUAGUAACUGAGAAAAACUAUGUGUGUUCUGCUGAGGGAAAGAGACAUUCAGGUCAGAAGAAAACAAAGUUAGUUGAAAUGGUUGAUGAAGAGGAUGUAAAUGUAAAAACAAGAAAGCCAAGACAAGUAUCCAUUACAAGAUCAAAUUGCAAGGCAUGCAUAAGAGCAAAAGUGAAUAAAGAAGGACAGUUUGAGGUGGUGGCUCAUGUUAUUCAGCAUAACCACGAGCUAACAAAGCCACAGUGGCAUUAUUUGCAUCGUUCUGAAAGAAAAAUGACAGAGGAAAAAGUUGUAACAAUCAAAACAAUGAAAUCUUCAAGUCUAACUACAAUGGACACUUAUAAUUACAUGGCUACAGAGGCUGGAGGAGAACAGAAUAUAGGCCAUAGUGUUGUAGAUCACCUGAAUUUCUGCUCAAGGUUAAGAAUGGAACAAAUUGAGGCUGAAGAUGCUCAAACUUUAGUGAACAUUUUAAGUCAGGAACAAUCAGAGGAUCCAAACUUCUUUUUUAGAGUGAAGUUUGACAAAGAAGGAAGAAUUUGCAAUAUCUUUUUGGAGAGAUUCAAUGAUGCUAGAAGAAUAUAG